CUCUUGGGCCUCCGUCCUUCGCAAACGAAGGAGUCGAACUACGUCACGUCCUGUUUGUCCACCCCUGGCGAAAAAUGGCGACGUCUUUAGGAGCUAACACAUACAACAGGCAAAACUGGGAAGAUGCGGACUUCCCAAUUCUCUGCCAAACAUGUCUAGGAGAGAAUCCUUACAUUCGCAUGACCAAAGAGAAGUAUGGAAAGGAGUGCAAGAUUUGUGCCCGUCCCUUCACUGUGUUCCGCUGGUGCCCUGGUGUGAGAAUGCGCUUCAAGAAGACUGAGGUGUGCCAGACAUGCAGCAAAAUGAAGAAUGUCUGCCAGACUUGCUUGCUGGACCUUGAGUAUGGUCUGCCCAUUCAGGUCCGCGACACAGGCCUUUCCGUCAAAGAUGACGUGCCAAAGUCAGAUGUGAACAAAGAAUACUACACUCAGAAUAUGGAGAGAGAGAUUGCCGGCACGGAUGGGACGAGGGCGGUGGGAGCACUUGGUAAGGCACCGAGCUCCAGUGAUAUGCUUCUGAAGCUUGCCCGCACCACGCCCUACUACAAGAGGAACAGGCCACACAUCUGUUCCUUCUGGGUGAAGGGAGAGUGCAAGAGAGGAGAGGAGUGCCCUUACAGACAUGAGAAACCAACUGAUCCAGAUGACCCUCUGGCUGACCAGAACAUCAAGGACCGUUACUAUGGCAUCAAUGACCCGGUUGCUGACAAACUCUUGAUGCGGGCAUCUGCCAUGCCCAGGCUUGAUGCUCCAGAGGACAAGACCAUUACCACUCUUUAUGUGGGAGGCCUAGGAGAUACCAUCACUGACUCAGAACUCAGGAACCACUUCUACCAGUUUGGGGAGAUUCGUACCAUCACAGUUGUCCCCAGGCAGCAGUGUGCUUUCAUCCAGUUCGCUACGCGCGGGGCGGCUGAGUCAGCGGCUGAGAAGUCCUUCAACAAGCUGAUCAUCCAUGGCCGCAGACUCAACGUCAAGUGGGGCAGGUCCCAGGGAUCUCGUGGAAAGGAGAGAGAAAAAGACGGAGUGGCUGAAGGCGGCAUGCGACUGGAACCGGUGCCUGGACUUCCUGGAGCAUUGCCUCCGCCGCCUGUGUCCGAAGAGGAGGGCCCCGCCAAUUACUUCAACCUGGGCCCCAGCAGCGCCCCUACGGUGAUGAACAUGGGGCUGCCGCCGCCACCGGGGGUCACCAUGCCCCCACCUCCAGGCUUUGGUCCUCCAAUGUUCCACUCUAUGGAUGGCAUGGGUGCUCCUAUGCCCCCGCCCAUGCCAUUAAGGCUUCCCGGUCCGGUGCACUACCCUUCCCAGGAUCCUCAGCGCAUGGGUGCCCAUGCUCAUGCAGCUCGCCAUGGAGGCACAUAGGGACAGUGUACUUAGGAAACACUGCCAAGAACUCUGGCAUCAAUUUGAUUAACGACAUCCCUUUACUUAUUUUACACGUGUCUUUCCUCCUCCGUUUAGUGUUUUAGUUAAUUUUCCUAUUUCGGUGGGAAGUGUCUUUAUUUCUUUGAUCAAAGCAGUGACUCCCUGGUACCCAUAAGAGAAGCAAGCUCAAAUUUAAAUUAUCAAAUGCGUACAUCUUACUCUUGUUUUCUGGGCUUGUUUGUUUGUCGUUUACUCAGAAUGUUGAAUAUGACCAUGAACGAAUUCCUCUCUAAAAUGAUUCCUUUUGCCAUGAUCUAAUAGUGUUUGUUCCACUGUGGGGCUUGUCUGAAUGCAGAGGGAGGAUGUGGAUGAAACAAACAGGACCCAGAUGGCUUGCGUUUUUUUAUUUCUACACAUUACAACCAGGCAGCUUUUAAACUCUAUAUUCAGUCUGUUAUGGUAAUCUGAGACUUUCUGGAGGUUGGUGAACAUUUGGGCUGACUAUAUAGGAUAAUUUGGGUGUAGUAAUUAUUAUUGUCCACAAGGCGGAGACAGUGUCACUCUAGUGUAGGAUCUCAAAGUUAGAACUGUUUCAGAAUAGGGAAAUGGAUACAGCCGUCACUGCCUGUCCAAUUGUAGUCUGUAUGUUGUCCUAUGUGGAUCAAUCCAAGCAUCAUUAAAAACUGUUUUGUGAUAUGACCAUUCAUCUGUGUAUUGUUUUAACAAUUUUGCUAAAUGACAUCAUUGUAACAUUUAUUAAAUCCUUUCAUUUUGUGA